AUGGCGGCGCCCAGCGGAGCGACCCGCGCCGGGGACGCGGGACAGAGGGACACCGGGACAGCGGGACACCGCCAUGCGGCUGGGCUGGGUCCGCGCCGCCCUGCCCGCCGCCUCUGGGGCGGCGCCGGAGCGCACGAGCUCUGCCGCAGCCUGUGCCAGCGCCCCGCGCGCGUCCCCAGCGGGGGGACCCCGAAACCCGACAGGGCCCGGAGCCGCGACCCCGAGCAGGGGGACACCGACCAGGGGGACACCUCGGGGGGUCACUCCUCAAGGGGUGCCACCUCGGGGGGUGCCACCUCAGGGGGUGCCACCUCAGGGGGUGACACCUCAAGGGGUGACACCUUGUGGGGUGCCACUUUAGAAGGAGACACCUCGAGGGAUGGUUCCUCAAGGGGUGACACCCCGUGGGGUGACACUUCAGGGGGUGACACUUCAGGGGGUGACGCCUCAGGGGGUGACACCUUAGGGGGUGACACCUUAGGGGGUGACACUUCAGGGGGUGACGCCUCAGGGGGUGCCACCCCCAAGGCCCCCGUGCGCCACCUCCGCUGGUACCGCUCGCAGCACAAGCGCGGCCGCGGUGACCCCGGCGGUGACCCCGGUGACCCCGGUGACCCCAGUGGUGACCCCGGCGGUGACCCCGGUGACCCCGGGGCCGCGUUCGUGGCGGCGCUGCGGCAGCUGGCACAGGCCCCCCCGGGGCGCGGCGGGCGCCUGGCGCUGGUGGAGGCGGCGCUGGCGGCGCUGGAGGCGCGCGGCGCGGCGCGCAGCCUGCCCGCCUACAACGCGCUGCUGCGGCUGCUGCCCCGCGGGCCCUGGCUGCCCCGGGGGCUGCAGCGCCUGCUCUGGCCCUUCCCGCGGCAGCAGGAGUGCGGGCUGCGCCUGCUCGAGCAGAUGGAGCGGCACGGGGUGAUGCCCGACGCCGAGACGCGCUUCCUGCUGCUGGGGGUGUUCGGGCCGCGCAGCCGCCCCGUGCGGAAGCUGCAGCGGAUGCAGUUCUGGCUGCCGCGCCUGCGGCACCUGGACCCCCACCCGCUGCCCCCCCGGCUGCCCCCCGGGCUGGCGGCGGCACGGCUGGGGCUGCAGCGCAUCGCCUGCGACCCGGGAGCCACUGUCACCGUGGUGCAGCCGCCGGUGCCGGACUCGGGGGACGACGAAGGCUCCGUGCAGCCCUUCAUCCUCAGCUGCCAGAGCCCCGAGCAGCGGGAGCUGCUGGCCCGGCACGGCCCCGCCCGCCCGGUGUUCGUGGAGGGGCCGUUCCCGCUCUGGCUCCGCGGGACCCUCCUCAAAUACUUCGUGCUGAGGGGGGACCCCCUGCCCCCCCACCUGCGGGACCCCCCCCCGGACCCCGAGCGCAGCCUUUACUUCCCGCUGCGCCUGGAGCUGGAGCUGGAGCGCGGCCCCUGGGACGACGACGGCUUCGCCGUGGAGCCGGCGCAGGAGGGCCCGGUGCUGGCGCUGUGCGUGCCGGGGGCGCCGGGGCGCCGCGCCCUGGCGCGCUGGAUCGCGGCGCUGCAGCGGCACAACCCCGCCCUGGCCCGGACCCCCGUGCUCUUCCGCCUGGGCCCGGGGGCCCCGCCCCCCCCGGGACCCCCGCCCGCCGCGCGCCUGGGCCCCGGCGGCCCCCCGGAGCCCCCCGAGAGGGGCAGCGGGGAGGGGGAGACGCCGGGGAGGAGCGGCGGCGAAUAAAGGGAGACGUGGUGCAA